ACUUUCCAAUAUUUAGCAAGGCGCUCGCACUUCUCCUUGUGUAUGUGUAUUGUGGUUGAUUUGAUACAUCAUAAUAAUUAACAUUAACAAUACCGACCAUUUUUCUUGUAGUAUUUGUAGUUCGUUAAAAAGUGCAUAAGUUAGGCAUUUAUUGUUUGGUUUAUAUUGAAUAGAUCAGCUCAAGAUGUCCCUAAAACUUGUUGGUGUUUUGGUAUGCGGUUUUGUUAUUGUUGCAGCGCAAGUUUCUCAUGCGCCUCCACCAGGACCAACAGGGCCAAUUAAACCAGUUACAAAUUCAACAAGCAAACCUACAACAACUGUAACCACUCCUAAAACAACUACCAUUUCGACAUCCAAACCUACAACUCCAACUACUAAAACUACAACCACAAGUACUACUCCUGCUUCUACAACUUCCACAUCUACAACUUCAACAUCUACAACUCCGGCUCCUGCUCCGACCACAACCCCCCAACCUCCCGUUGGGCCACCCGUUAAUACAUUUAAAAUAUCUUAUUCAAACUCUUCAAAUUAUUGUCUGUUGAUGAAUGUUUCACUUGAAAUUGAGGUAUCAGGAACCAACACAACAAAUUCUACAAAGCUUGACGUUCCUUUAUUGCCAAUUACUUUUGGAAGCUGUUCACCUGAUUCUGGAAAGCUACAAAUUUCCUGGGGAACUAACAGUAUUGAAUUUCAUUUUGAAGAAACUAAAGCUAAGAAAUAUGAUUUUAAUAUAAUUUAUGUAACAGUUGGAAGUGAUUUAUACAUUUACAACAAAACUGCUUUUCCGGCUCGCGUCUCUGAAUCCUACAAAUGUGAUAAAGUGCAGACUUUGGAUCUAGCUGUAUUAAACAACUCUACUACUAAAGCUGCCCAGCUACAUCUUAGCCAUCUCCAAUACCAAGCUUUUACAAACUCUAGCAAACAGGAAUUUAAUACAGCAUGGGAUUGUUCUGGUGUCAACACUCCUGAUGUCGUGCCAAUUGUGGUCGGAUGUGUCUUAGCAGUUUUGGUUAUCCUGGUUUUGGGAGCCUACUUGUAUGGAAGAAAACGCUGGAACGCAAGCGGUUACCUUUCUAUGUUUGCCGACACGGGGGAUGAUAAAGACUACAUACCUAUGAAAACUCUAUCCUGCUUCAAGUAAAGAAUGACGUAUUAAAAUAUUAGAAUAGCACCAAUGUUUCAGCACCACGCUGUCAUUUAGUACAUGUUAUUCAGUUGUGAGUACUUUAUAGAAUAACACAAUUUUAAAAUUAACACAAAAACAUAUUAGCCUUGUUUAUAUAUUAACUAGUUAUUCAACGUGAGUUAGUUCUGGGAGUUCACUGAU